ACAGACGAGGAUGUUCUCUUGGCCCAGCGCGUUGAAAGUUUUACAAAACGUAUUCGUCGUGAUUAGCAGUGUGUUAUUGUAACGCGAAAAAAGUAGAGAUGUUAAAUUAGGUUACAAUUCUAUUUUGCAUCAGUGAAGCGGAUGCGAGUCUUUAGUCUCGUCGAUGAUGUCAUCGUGUUGGAAUUACGGCGGCUCGAAAGGCAUUAAAAUACAUUAAUAAAUCAGAUAUACCGAUUAAAAAAAGUUACUAAUUGCCCCAAUAAUAUUCAAUUUUUGGUGAUUAUUUCAAUUUCGCCCACUUUAAACGUUUGAAUUGAUUUUUCUAUGCCUUUAAAACGUCCUCUUUAAGCCAGUGGCGGUUAAACUUCAUUGCCCAUGAUGCACUUCGCUAAAGUUCAACCCUCAUGCGUUUUUUUGGUAGUUGGGCUCAAAUCACAGGCGGGAGAAGAAGGAAGCAAGAAAAUGGUGGCAGGAUUUAAACUUUAAACGUUACCGUGUUGUUACUGUAAUAUUUAUUCUGACUUCAUUUUCAUUUGGCGUCAAGACGAGAGGAAAAUUACAUUUUACUGAACACCUUUUGACGUUGGCUCAAAAGUCGGAGACCCACAAGAGGAGAAGCAACAGGGUUAAAAAUGAUCAUGAAGACACACAAGCGCAAGCUCCAGCCGGAUCAGUCUUCAGAGGAUUCCCCAUGCAGUGGUGCAGUAGCGUGGGAGAAACAACGGCAAUUUGUGUUCAGCGUCUCCUUGCGCAAAUACCGUCGGGACCAGGAGCUGCCCGAGCCCAGCCUACGGAGGUCAGUCCUUAUUAGCAACACGCUACGACAGGUAGAAGCGUGUUUGGCGUCGCCGCCGGAGAACAGCUCGCCGUCUCCUGCCAAGCAUCAACGUAUGGCAGAAGCCGAGGACUGGACGUCGCUGUCAACAGACCCAGAUUUUGGCAUCACGCCCGCCGUCUCGUCUAUUCUCAGCGGGUUGGACUCUGAUGCGUCGCCGCGAGCGGCGCUGCGGUCCCUGGAGAACCUCCAAUCCUGCCCGGACACCGGCAUGUCGUGGCUGAAGCAGCAGGUCCGAGGCACGCACGGCCAGGACCUGAUGGAGUGGGAGGCCGGCGUGGAGGCGGCGCGUUCCAGCUACCUCAAGGACGUCACGGCCGAAGACAUGUUCCAGGACAUAGACACAUCCCAGUUGGAGAGUGACGCGGCCGCCCUCAGCCUACGGGCCGAGGAAAUCCCGUAUCACGGCGCAAAGGGCCUGCCGUCCUUUUCUUCUUUCAGCUCGCCGACGACGUCCCUCAGGGACGGCUUGGAUCUGGAGCACUUGGUGACUAUGCUGGUCGAAUCCUGACGGGUUUGAACGGGAGAUGUUGGAACGUUCUAUCCAGAUUCUUUGCAAACUAGUAAGACAACGGCAUAAAAUGCUGAAAGUGCAAGUAAGUUGUAUUAGUCCUUUAAAUUGUCUUACUAGAAAAGACAUUGCUAUAAAUGCGGAAAACGUGUUUCAACUCAUUUGCUGCCGUUGACAGUAAUGGACGAACCAGAGUUGCUUUAAAAGUGAGCCGUUUUUACAUUAAUCACAGUAACUUUGGAAUAUUACUAUUUACAACAUUUCUGCUGUUCAGCUUUUUUCCAUAAAUUGACAUUGGCUGCCAUUACACGCUAGACGUCCAGGAGACUGUUCGUUCAUUCACUCCGCCCAGUCAAAAGAUUUGACGGCACUAGACAUCCAUGGAAAUAAUCAGACGGAACUGUCGAAACACUAAAAUGUUACGUGGAAUCUUCCGUGAAGAAAAGUUUUGCCUCGUAUUUAUCAAAGCAGUUUGUAUGAAGAUAUUUUUGUCUUACUUUUGGUCUGUUUUGUAUUCAUGAAACUUUUGUUUCCUUGUCGGAGUAAACGCACUUUUUUUUUUUCUUGGACGUUUUGAAAUACGCCUUACUGAGCAAAGUUACAUUUCUUCUGACAGUGUUCCAAUAAGACUCAAAUGUUUUUAUUUUGUGCUUGUUUUUUAAAAUGGAGGGCACAAUGCCCGUGUUGUAACUUCUUCAAAGAGAUUUGUAACAUUUUUCACUUGUACUAAUAUUUUUGUUAAAUUGUUAUGAUACAAGUGUUGUCUGGGCUUUUUUUCCCUCCCCCCUCUCCAACUCAAUCCCUUAAUUCAACAUCUUUAUUACUGAACAAGUUACUGUACAGAAUCUUGGUUAAAACAUAAUCAAUAAAGUGCAUCUCAAGCAUUCACAUCACAUAUUUGGCCCUAAACCACUAUGAAAAACACAUUGACAGCAAUAAACUUUCAAUCGGUUUUGACAAAAUUGCUUGGAUGUCUAUUUCCGAUAACUGCCGGGGAUUGAUAAACUGUUCGAGGGAGCAGUUAGACGCUAUGAAAACAUACCCGAAAAACAUACUUUGGCAUCCUUAGGCUGUGACGCAUCCAUUUAAAGUUCAUCAGAAACCGACUGAUGUUUCUUUUCAGUUCUUGGGCUGAAAAUUCACGUCACCGGUCACCCACGGAGUUGUACGAAGGGCGCUUUUGUCCGCCGCCGUUCUCCACGAUGGGCCGACGGUCCUCGUUGGGGUCGGACACCUCGCAGCGUGGCAGCUGCAGGUAAGUGGUGAGGCCGUGCAGGUCGGCCAUUUUGUGGAAAGCACGCAGAAGCAGGUACAUCAUCAUCAGGCCCAGGAACAGGUACACUGAAAGGCACAUAAAACAUUCUCAAAAGUGAAU